AUGGAGCAAGAGGCCUUCUUUCAGUAUACGCCGGCCACGAUGCCGAACGAUUACCAGGCAGAUCGAUAUGUUUGGAGUGACAUUGUCCCCUCUGGUUUCCCUACCUCUCACUCUAUGAUGGCGCCCUACGCUGCAGCGCCCUUGGACAUACCUUACUUCCGCUCCCAGGUCCAUGGCCCCUAUGAUCGGUAUGGCCGGCCUACAGACCCUAUGGCUAUGCCCUGGCCAGACCUUCCGCAGCCUCUCCCCCCAAUGGCACCUCCGAUUCCUGAACAGCACACCGAAGGCCACCAGCGCCAACGACAGACUACUUUGCCAGACCCUGCGAGAAAGAAAACCAUCUCCUACAUCAAGCCCAGCAAUGGAGAUGAUGUCGUCUUCCAUACCCCGGUUGAUGUCAUGAUGAGGGCCCUCCAGAAGAAGGACGACGUCGCCAGCAGCUCUUCCAAGGCCGGCGCCUACAGCGUCAAGUCCGAACCAUCGACGCCUCAAGCGCCUUCCACGUGUAGUCAGGAUGUCACCUACGACGAAAAGAAGUACAGCAAGAUAAAGCCAUUCGUAUGCAAGCUUGACGACUGCAACAAGUGCUUCACGACCCGAGGCAACCUAAAGAACCAUCAAAACAAGUACCACAAGCAAACCAUUACCACAAUUGCAGACUGGAUCACCUCUCUUACGGACGUGAACGCACUCUCCCACACCGAUCGCGAGCUUCUGUCGUACUUUGAGAACAUCUACAAGAAUAGCAACAAGGGCAUCAAAGGCCGCGGCCGAGACCGCCAGGUCAGCGAGGUCCGGGGCAAGACGAAGAAGCUCCCCCGGAAGUUGCUCCCGUCCCUAGGUAUCUGA